AUGUCCUCUCUCCAGAUCCCCCUUCCCGUCUCAUUCCCUCGCGCUCCCUCCCCCGCUCCCGCCAUCCCGGGGGCCUGGCCUACCACUCCCCAUAAUCGCUUCGCUGCGGACAGCUCAUUUUCUAUGUCCAUCUCCAGCAGCACCUCUCGCAGCCUUGCUGAAGCGCAAUCGUCAGACUCGGUUCAGACCAGCGACAGCACACUGGCACCUGAAGACGAAUCGCCGCUGUGGUCCAAGUUCGAUACUAGCAGCACUCUUGCUUCGUCCGCGACCAAUUCAAGCCAGGGCCCACUAUUUCGCCACGAUCACAAGAAAGAAAGCCUGCAAGUUUCACCGUUCACUCCAGUCAAAUGCACCGCAGCCGUGGCACAAGGCGGCGACUUCAGCGAGGUUCAAAUGACUUCGUCGCCUUCCAUACGUUAUCGAAGCAGUCCUCCCAAGAGAAUUUCCAUCCCACCAUCGUUGGAGCUCUCCCGUCUGUCCCCAAACGAGUUUGCGUCGACUAGAAACUGUACCACAACUUCCCAGUCUCAAGCUUCACCUACAUCAGUACCCUCUCCUACGACGCCAGUCACUCCCACCUCGCCAAUGAUUUUUGCAUCCCCUCCCUCCCAACAGGCCUACCCAUUUUCAUCUCCAGAACAAAAUCUUGACACCACUUGCUCGUCGUCGUAUGAGGACCACUCUUUGGACACCUCUUACGGUAGCGAAAUCAUCGACGGGACGAUUGCCUCUCUGGCUCGGCGAAUAGACCGCCCGCCGCUGUCCAUAGAGACUAACGAAAGUGACAAUCUGAUCUCCGACGUCGAAUACGAUGCAUCUACCGAAGCGCGUACCAGAGAUCUCUCUUCGAGCCCAGAUACAUCAGAUCAUGUCCCAUUGGCUCACACCUUGGGCAAUACCGUUCCGACCGAUGUCGGGAGUACGGACAGGUCGUUAAGAUCGUCGCUUGAGCUUCGUUCCCAAGAAGCCCCUGCACAGCAAUGGACACUUUCCUUGUCUGCGGCAUCCUUGGGCUAUUCUGACUCAGAAGCUUUCGCCGCCGCAAGGUCACCUAACUACGGGACUAUGUCCUUGUCCCCAGCAUCUUCAUACGGCGUCGAAAUCGACACAGAUGCCCUCGCGGCCGGUCAUGCAAUCAUCUUGCCAAGGCAGAAUUUCUCCCCAACUUCCUCUUCCUUCUCCUCCCCAAUCAUUGAGCAUCGCGUGGCCCUGACGGAAGCCAAUGUCUUGGGUUUGUCAGAAGCAAGCUCGAGUGAAUUACGGGACACAGGUGCGGCUGAGUAUGCAGCUGCAGUUGUAUCGUCAGCUUGGGGUUCGGAUGGUCACGACGGCUCAGGUCAUUCAUCAGCCUUGGGCUUGCACCUGGACGCGCGCGACACAACGCUGCAUAGGGUACAGGAAGAUGGUCUGAGAGCCCACGAUGCAGUCGAAACGGAAGAAAGUGGUGUCUCGUCGGUACGUAUCACAGAUCUAGUAGACAUCGAGUUUCAUGCACCGCCAAAACGAGGGGUGCUGCAGAAAGUCAUCAAUUACGGUGCCCAGAUGAAGAACUUCUUGACGACCAAGAAAAAGAAAGUACAAGGCGGUAGACAUUCUUUCCACCAUGAGGACCAUUAUGUUCCCUCAUUGUGGCAAGAACCUUUGGCCCAACGUUCCCCUGCUCCCCGCGAUUCAGAAGCAAUAAGGGAUGACAGAAACGUCGUACCACUUCCUAAUAUCGAAGAGUCCUCCUCACACAUCAACAUGCAUAUUCCCCCUCCUUUGAUUCCUCCGGGAUUGCAUCCGCUGGUCCAGUCUCCUUCUUCCAACAAGAGAAAGACUGGUGCGACAUAUGGUUCACCCAGACCCAGUGUCCGCGCACAAACCGUGGCUUUACCUCCUCCUGUAAUCAGAGUCAGCUCGCCUUCCCCCUCGGAAUCAGUUCCCCCCGUUAACUUGGAAGCGCGCCCGCCCUCUAGUGCACAACCUUCCUUCUCGACUAGGCGUCCUAGCGAUGAUGGGUCCAGUACCAACACCAGAUGUCAACCCAUCCUUCCUGCACCCUUCCAGAGCCAGCAUGUCCAGGUCAUAUACUACGUCCAUGGCGCCAGUGGAGAACCUACCCUCUAUCACUCCAAGCAGACAGAGCGGACGCCGUCGUUUUUCACUGUCUACCGUAUCAAGCCUUUUUCUGGGUCGCCAGCCUUCUUGACCAUUGCCUACAUUUGA